AUGCAGGACGCCACCGGGAAAGACAGCUUCGGGAUCCCCGCUGUGCAGAAUUUCGAACACAAGAAUGGUCAUGCUGUUACUCAGAAUGGUGGGGCACAUACGCCAGGACUCCAGACGCCGGUGGACUCCAGGCCCCCCAGUCCUGCGCCCAGUCUCGCCCCGACCAUCCCCAGGGAACAGUGGGGUGGGAAAUAUGAGUUCCUGCUCUCAUGUAUUGGAUACUGUGUGGGACUCGCAAAUGUGUGGAGAUUCCCAUAUCUCUGUUAUCGCAACGGAGGAGGAGUAUUCCUCAUCCCGUACUUUAUUAUGCUGUUUGUGUGUGGCGUGCCAUUGUUCCUCAUGGAGCUGAGUUUAGGCCAAUAUGGAGCAGCCGGCCCCAUCACGGUGUGGAAAUGCUGCCCUCUACUAAAAGGGAUUGGCAUUGGGAUGCUGUGUGUGUCCACUCUUGUGUGUCUCUAUUAUAACGUUAUCAUUGCUUGGACGUUCUAUUACCUGGGGAGCUCUUUUCAGAGCCCACUGCCCUGGUCCUGUGACGCUGUGGCCAACGCAGCUCUCUGUGGUAAUGACACAGAAGGAAAUAACUACACCUCCAAGAGACUCAGCCCCACCGAAAUCUUCUGGAAUGAGCACGUCCUGGGUGUGGUCCACAGUGAGGGCCUCCAUGACCCAGGCCCUGUGCGCUGGCAGCUAGCUCUCUGUUUGCUCGCUGCUUGGGUCAUAAUCUUCUUGUGCAUGCUCAAGGGCAUCCGCAGCUCGGGGAAGGUGGUCUAUGUAACAGCCACAUUCCCGUACUUUGUGCUCAUUGUCCUGAUCAUCAGAGGGGCAACACUGGAAGGAUCGCUGCAGGGCGUUGCCUUCUACCUCACCCCCGACUGGGACAGACUUGGAAAUGCACAGGUGUGGAAUGAUGCUGCCUCCCAAAUAUUUUAUUCUCUGGGGAUUGGUGUUGGUGGGCUCCUGUCCAUGGCUUCAUAUAACAAGUUUGACAACAAUGUGAUCAGGGAUACUAUAGUUAUCACCAUCGGGAACUGUGGCACAAGCUUCUUUUCUGGAUUUGCCAUUUUCUCCAUCCUGGGACAUAUGGCAUGGAGGAAGGGAGUGCCGGUCGGGGAGGUAGCUGACACAGGUCCAGGUUUGGCAUUUGUGGCGUACCCAGAAGCCCUUGCUCUGCUGCCAGGCUCUGUGUUCUGGUCCAUCUUAUUCUUCCUGAUGCUGUUCAUGCUGGGAGUUGAUACUCUGUUCGGCAACAUGGAGGGCAUCACCACGGCUGUGAUGGACGAGUUUCCACAACUAAGACACAACACGCUGCACAAGACUAUAUUCUUGGGAGCUCUAUGUUUUUCCUUUUAUCUUAUGGGCCUUCUUUUGGUCACAAAUGGAGGCAUUUACUGGUUCACCCUCAUCGAUUCAUUCAGCACCAGCUUUGGCCUGAUCAUAAUCGCCCUCUUCAUGUGUCUUGGCAUCUCCUUUUUCUAUGGAGUAAAUCAGUUUUGCCAAGACAUCAUAGAUAUGAUUCGCCACUGCCCUCCAUGGUGCACCAAGGUUUUGCUUUACUUCAAAGCUUGCUGGGUUUUCUUCACUCCGUUUCUUUUAUUGUUCAUUCUGACGUACAUCUUUAUUGAAAUGUACAACACGUCUCUUCACUAUGGCUCCUAUGUGUAUCCGCUGUGGGGGAAAGCGCUCGGCGUGUGCAUGGCAGCGACCUGCUGUCUGCAGAUCCCCAUUUGGGGCAUUGUCGCCAUCUGCAAAGAAACUGGGACGCUGAAAGAUCGUUUUCAAAAAUCUAUUCGACCUCUAAACUCAUGGAGAGUGAACAAUUUGAACAGCUCAGAGCGCAUGGAGGAGCGGGUGGAGCCGGAGAGAGUGGAGGCUCCAUUUACAGUGACGCUCACGGACAUGGACUUUACUGCAAUGACGUGGGAGAUGGGGAGCAACGCGUGA